AUGACGACAACUGUGUCCACGACCAGCAACAACAACAACAACUCGACUGCAGUCGCGGCCACAGCUACAGUCACGUCGAUGAUGGCCACAUCAUCCGUGUCGACGACAACGACGGGAAUCAGUAGUGGUGGUAGUGGUGGUGGCCAUUGUUUUGUCGGUAACAACAACAGUACUACUACUUCGGCCAGUACUUCAUCGAUGUCCUCGUCGUCGUCGUCGUCAUCGAUAAGCCAAAUGCCCAGCGAAUUGUUUACAGACAAAGAAGUCUUUAUGAAUCUCGUUCACAACGACAACUGCGGUGGCGGCGGCGGCGGCGGCGAUGAUGGCAAUGGUCACCAAUUGUUGUCUUCAUCGUCGUCAUCAUCACUGUGGCAACUGUUAAGCGAUCGUAAACGACAAGAGUUGUGCGACAAUUAUCUGCCCAAUGGAUUCACGUCGGCCGAAAAGUUACGUACAAUCGAAAUGCUAUUCGCGGGUCAACUGAAACGAUUCGAUAGCGACCAGUUGUCGACGGUAUUUGUCGGUUUGAAAUUGCAGCGAAUGAGUCCCGAUCUGAUCCGUACGCUGGACGAAGUGAAACAAUUGAGGAAACGUUUGUUUGCCAUCUAUGAACAAAAACGACAGUCGCAACUGUUGACCGAAGUCUUAAACAAGCGGCGACUACUGGUCGAUGAGUCCAUACAAACAACAACGCCGAGGACGAGGACAACGACAAGCAAACAACGGCCAAACAACAAAUCGCAACUCAUAUCACAAACUAUUAAUAUUAAUAAUAAUAAUAAUAAUUGUCUUAAAGACAGGGCUCGCCGUAGAUAUCUUAAAGAAUUGAAAGAUAUUUGCAGUAAAAGUGACGAAAUCUCUUCGGAUGACGAAAAACAACGACAACAACUAAUGGAUAUUAAAAACAAUAGUUUUGUUAAUAGUAUUACUAAUAAUAGUAGUAAUAGUGAUAAUAAUAAUAACAAUUCUUCAUCAUUGGUGUCUACAUCUAAACUCAAUGGUAGUAUCAAUACUACUACUACUACUACUACAGUGAUCAACAAUAAUCAUCAGAUAAGUGACGAACAAUACUAUGAAAUGUUAAGAAAACAUCGGCGAAAACGUAAGGCCAAAGAGUCGUCGUCGUCGGACAUCAUUGGUAGGUAUGAGCCGACACUGGAGACACAGAAUAUUUGUUUAAGCGAUAUAAUAGCCAGAGUUACAAACACUGCCAUCAAUGCCAGCGGCGGCGGCGGUAACAACAAAUCAUCGGUAAACUCAUUAACGUCGUCGUUGUCGUCGCCAUUGACAUCAUCAUCGGUGACGACACCAUCGCUACAGUCCACGUCAUUCAUUCCCAAGUCUUCCUCUUCAUUGUCGUCGUCCAAGAAAAAGGCGAAAACUUCUUCUUCUUCAUCUUCAGCGCAGAGUUUAACAAAAAUCAAUUCAUCGAUGAAUAAUAAUAAUAAUAAUAAUAAUAAUCAGAACCAAACUCUUCAGCGAAAAUCUCAAUCAUCGCCGACAACAGCAAUGAUGGCGACGGCGACAAUAAAACAAGAAAAACAAGUGAUAACUACUACUACUACUAACACUACCACUGCUGCUGAUACUACCGGUGGUAUUACUAGUACAGCAACAGCAGCGGCGACAACAUUACCAACUAGUUUUCAAUUAACUAAAUUUAGUGAUAGUUUUAAACAACAACAACAAACACUUAUGACUACCAGUGCUGGUGAUAGUUGUGUUGGUAGUGGUGUUCGUGACAACAAAAAUGUUUCGACAAAAUCAAGUAGUAGUAGUAGUAGUAGUUCUGCGAUUAAAAGUACAAAUAUAACCAUUAAAACCAGUUCCCUGUCGUCGUCAUCAUCGACGACAACAACAAGUGAUUCACAACAAUCAUCCGACUAUCCAAUGGUUGUCGGAUCGCAUCAAUCGUUGGCAUCAAUGGUUAAACAACAACAGUCGACGAAUACGACAACACCUGUGACCACAACAGAGCCGCCGCCGCCACCGCCGCAGAGUCCGGCAGCUGCUAUAGCACCGGCCGUACCGUUUGAAAAGCCGCCGAAAUGUUUCUUUUCGCUACUGCGCGACAUAUUCACGACGAACGCCCCGAACGAUCAGAAACUAACGCUACAUAAACUCGAAGAACUGGUCAAAGACAAGCUCCGGGUGUUUAGUCCGUUUCUGGGCUGGUCUACCGAAAUGGUAUCGCCAGCUAUGAACUACUUGAGCGGUGUACUGCCGCCCCAACACUUGAUACCGCUAGUUGACUACAAAGAAAAGAAUCAACAAUGGCAAUGGAUUGGCGGCGGUCGUGACCGCGAUCCGGAUCUGAGUCCGCUGUGCGACCAGUGGCUGAAAAGUAGGGGCGACGAAAAUUCGGCUAUCGGUGGCUCAGGCGGCGGCGGUCUAAUGAAUUUUUCGCAAUCGUUGCCGCCGCCGGCCAAAUGUACUACCGAUUGGGUGGUCAGGCCGUCCAGUCACGAGGAAAAAACUAAAUAUCGUGUACAGGAAGCUAUCAGAUAUAACAAUCCUAAUAAAGCGUUCACUUAUCGGGUUCACGGCUACGAAAGUGUUGUCGGACCGGUUAAAGGUUGCGGUAUUGCAACGGCCAAUGGCCAUACAAACUCGAGUCCGAACAAAGCUCGCGAACAUUCACUGUUGGUGAACGAUAGGCCACCGUUUGUUACGCUGUUGAGUCUGGUCCGGGAUGCGGCUGCACGGCUGCCCAACGGUGAAGGUACCCGAGCAGACAUUUGUGAACUGUUGAAAGAUUCACAGUAUUUGUUGCCAACAAUAUCCGACCAACAAGUGAAUGGUAUAGUCAGCGGUGCACUGGAUCGCCUACACUACGAAAAGGAUCCGUGUGUCAAAUACGAUGUCAACAGGAAAGUAUGGAUCUAUUUGCAUCGUAAUCGUACGGAAGCCGAAUUUGAACGGCUACAUCAGGUCCAGAUUGCGGCCGCAAAAGCUAAACGAUCGAUGAGUAAGGCUUCCCGAAAGACCAACAGUGCUACCAAUGCCGCCAACGCUGCCGCUGCGUGUGGUGCUGCUGCUGGUGGUAGUAGUAGUAGUAGUGGUGUGGCCGCCGCCACCGCCAAUCAUCAACAACAACAACAUCAUUCAGGAGUUGGCAAUCAAUUGUUUCCGAAGACAACCCAACAGGCAAUCAAUCAGACUGUUAACAAUAUAUUGAAUUCGGAUGUUCUGAAAGUUACCACUAAGUCGUCGUUGAGUUUAAGCGAUUCUUCUAUCGAAUCUACGACAACAACAACACCUCCUGUAACUAAUACCUCAUCUGGUUCUUCAACAACAGAGGUUCAGACAGUAAAUGCCAAUAACAACAACAGCAAAGACUUUAUUUCCGAUUUGAAAUCUUCGCUAUUGUUUAACAAAAUCAUCAAAAAAGACAAAGACAUCAUCAGUAGUAGUAGUAGUACUACUAAAGGCAUCGAAACCGCCGCCGCCGCCGCUAAUACAUUGUUGAGCUCACAGUUGUUGUUAAACAACGGUCCGCUAUCUUCAGCAACGGCAACAACAACAACACCGUCGACGAUGACAUCGACAGCGAGUCCGUUAUUUUUAUCACUACAGACAGCAACACCAACAGCGAACCAACAGAUUCUUCGAGACAACAAAUCAUCUACAGAUAGUACUACUACUACUACUACUAUAGCUAUCAAUGCCGCUGACCAUCAUGUCUUAGUUGGCGAUAACACCACAACCAUCAGCAGCAGCAGCAGCAGUAGUAGUAGUAAUAACAACAAGAAGUUUACAAAACUGAAAGACAUUAAGCUAUUAGAACCGCCUCAACAAAAGAUUAUCUCAAAAACAAUGUUUGAUAUGCCGAAGUCGUCGACUAUCAUUAUGGCUGCAGUGUCUACUGCCGCCAGCAGCCCAUCCCAAUCCCACUCCAACACUGUUAGCCUAUCCAUAGCUGCCAGCGAUACCUCUGCUAUGACUACUACUACUACGACUACUCCUACAACAACAACAACAGCCACCACCAAAUUAAUUGUAUCAAACAAUUCCAUAAAAGUGACGCCAAAAUCACAACCGAUGAUGACUGGAGGAGGAGGAGGAGGAGGUCUGAAUCAUAACCGAAAUGUUAGACAAGCGAAACAACAACAUCCGCCAGCGAUUAAAGUCCAGAUACCGAAAACAAUAACACUUCCCAUAUCGACUCAAAAUACACUGAAAACACAUCAUCAACAGUCGUCAUCGUCAUCAUCACUGGUGAUGAAAACUAGUGCCACUGCUGCUGGUGGUGUUGAAGCUAUUCCGGCGCUUAUAAACGUAUCGAAUCCUACGGUAAAUAGAGGAUCAAUUCAGAUAUCGUCAGCAGCAGCAGCCGAAGCUAUUCAACAACAACAACAGCAACACUCGAGACCGCAUCCAAUCGGAUCGAAGAUAUUGACGGGAACUGCUUAUACUGUUAGCAAUAGUAGUGGACACCACCAACACCAACACCACACCACUGUUAACAAUAGUCCGAUACACCAUCAUCCUCAGCAACAGCAUCAUCAUCAUCAGAUAACAAUACCGGCUUCGAUGCUAAUUGGUGCCCGACCCGGAUCAGUUGUAUUAGCCACUCCUAACGGCAAGUCCUAUAUGAUGGCAGCAGCCGGCGGCGGGUCGUUUGUUUUGCAGCCAAACAAUUCAUUGUCGCCAGCAAUUGUCGGCAGCGGUGGUGGUGGUGGUGGUUCCAGUGAUCCAUUAUCAGCGUUAACGUCGUCGACAUCAUCGUCCCAAUCGACGCCAGCGUUGACUAUGCGUACACUUCAGGGUAUUCGUGUAAUACCUGUGAGCACAACAACCAAUGCCAACUCGUCGUCGUCGACAAACAAGUUGACCAACAAUGCAACGAUUAUCGGUAAAGUGGGCGUCACAGUCAACAGCACAUCCGGUGGCGGCGGCGGCGGCGGCACACCGAUAGUAAUGACCGCUCAGCCGCAGAACGCCAACAUUCCGCCUCAUCAUCAGUUUGUUGCCCGUAUUAUAACCACUGCUCAGGCGGCGGCCGCCGCGGCCAGUCGUGGCGGUGGCGCCGGAAAUCUACAGCAAACACAGAUAGUUAUACCGUCGACGUCGGCUCUGCAGCCGAUAUUCUUAGCCCAUCCUCCGUCGCAGUCGAACACCAUUACCACCAAUACAUCGCCGCAGACAUAUAUUACCGCUGCUGCUGUGACCACUGCUUCUGCCGCAGCCGCCGCCUCCUCAUCGGCCACCACUACGACUACAAUGUCCAGUGAUUUACAGAAAGUCAGUGUUGUUUCGCUAGCGAGUAGUAGUAGUAGUGGUGGUAAUAGUCUUUCAUCGACGACAAGAACUACACCGUCGUCUUAACGGAUGAUUUUAGUGACCGAAUAUAGUUAUAACCAAAACAAACAAAAAGUGAUUAUUUCAAAGACAAUAUAAAUUUAAUAUAUUAAUUGUGUAUAAGUUUUUAAUAUGUUUAAUAUGUGGACAACAAAAUUGAUGAUAAUUUCAACCAAAAAAAAACAAACAAAUUAAUUAAUUGAUUGAAUCAAAUCAUUGAUUGGGAAUAAAUUAAAACAAAAAAACUACUUAAGAAAAU